AUGCAAAGGGCCCACAGCCGAAAGUGGUCCCCGGCAUCAGCAAAGCAGAUUAUAUCUGCAACUUAUGUUGAAAAUUUAAAAUCCGCAGGUUGGGACGCGGUUCCCGGCCAGAUCCCCUACCAGGUCGCCGUCAGAAUCCUUGACAAUCAGUUCAGGAUUCUCGGCUGUGGUGGUUCAGCUAUCCACGAGCAAUGGGUAAUCACCGCUGCUCACUGCACUGCCAACUACAUCUCAGUUACCAUCCUUGGAGGACUCGUCCAUAUGCAAAACGCCGAAUACGCAUCUGAGUCUUUUGAAUGGUACAACUACCCCACUUUCAAUUCCAACGCGCCCGGCGUUGUACAGCCCAAUGACGUCGCUCUAGUGAAACUGCAACAACCCAUGGUAUUCUCUGGUGAGUAA